UGUGUACGGCCAGCUAUUGGUUGUGUUCACAUUGUAUUUAUCAUUUACAGUGGCAUUUUUGGUUAAAUCGAUAGCUAGAUAGCUAGUGAAUUAGGACAUUCUGCGGAAACGUCCAGGAUAUAAGAUUACAUCAUGUCAGACGAGCAAGAAAUAAUGUGUAAAUUAGAGAAUAUUUUGGAAAUAAGGAACAAAACACUUCAGAUGGAGAAGAUCAAAUCCCGGCUAAAGAGCGAGUUCGAAGCUUUGGAGUCUGAAGAGAAACAUUUGAGAGAAUAUAAGCAGGAGAUGGACCUGCUUCUCCAGGAGAAGAUGGCCCAUGUGGAGGAGCUGCGACUUAUUCAUGCUGACAUCAAUGUGAUGGAGAGCACUAUCAAGCAGUCAGAAAAUGAUCUGAACAAGCUGUUGGAGACCACACGCCGUCUCCAUGAUGAGUACAAACCACUGAAGGAACAUGUGGAUGCUCUCAGGAUGGCUCUUGGCUUAAACAGGCUACCUAAUCUUAAUGAAGAGGAGGAGAGACUCUCACUAGAUUACUUUGAAAAGCAAAAGGCUGAAUGGCAGAAGGAGUCGCAUGAGCCCAUCAUCCCUGAGUCUCUUGCAGCGGCUGCAGCUGCUGCCCAGCAGCUGCAGGUCUCCAGGAAACAAGAUGCCCGACAACCAGCCACCUUCAGACAGCAGCCUCCACCCAUGAAGGCAUGCCUAUCUUGUCACCAGCAAAUCCAUCGCAAUGCACCCAUCUGUCCUCUGUGUAAGGCAAAGAGUCGUUCUCGGAACCCAAAGAAACCCAAGAGGAAACCUGAUGAAUAAUUAAUAACUAUGUAACUUGCUGUUUUUAACCAUAAGCGGUCUUUUAUUAGCUCAAGAUAUUUAAUGUACACAGUUAACUGAAUCUUUUUUUGUGAUGUAGUUCCUUAAGUAUAUAUGCUGUAGAUUUUUUAGACAAGCUUUUCAAUACAGUAUUGAAUUUACUUCAUAAUUCUCAUGCCUAAAUAAUUUCAGUUGGUUAACAUUGUGUGCUGAUAAGGAAAAUGAAUGUAUAUGUUUUACAUUCAGCAUGCCUCAUUACAUAGUAAUACCAAGUAAUAGUCAUGUAGUUUAUAAAAAAAAAAAAUCUUUUACUAGCAUCAGAAAUGUAAAACUUUGAAGGGGUUUGCAUACUUAAAUAUCACACAAUUUAUUACAUUAAAGAAAGAUGUGUAUUAGUUUACAACAUGAGUAAUGAAGUUGCUAAUAUUUGACUUGAAUUUUUUACGUGCAUGUUUGCUGUCCUUAAUAUUUUAGUAAUAUUUCAGACUGUUGAUUUGAUUACUUUAACCUUGAUAAAGAGUGAAAGUCCUUCUAAUGGUUACUGACAAGCGUUAAAUAUUGUUGUUUUUAUCAGUGUUGUUUUUUACCUGUGUUAUGUGUUGUACAGUGCAGUAAUUUCUUCAGUAAAAACCCAAAACCUGAGAAAUUA